CGUGUUUAUUUUCUCGGUGUAUUAAAGACAAGCAAGCGAACUAGUCUAGCCAUGAACACCGAAUCAGAGUCGAGUCCAUCCACUCCCAACGAGGCAAGUGUCAGUACUCCAUCUUCUGUCUCGGCUACUCCAUCGCCUGAUACAACUGAUACAUACAUUGAUGUUGCUAUUACGGAAGCGAUGCGCCUCGAAGAGGAAAAGCUGGAAAAAGAAACCACAGAGAAGGAAAAGGAGAAAAUUGCAAAGCUAAAGGCUAAAGCCACGGCGGAAUUCAAUGAUACUAUUGCUCGCCAACGAUCGAAGCGUCUCAAGUUUUUGAUCGAAAAAUCUUUGAUGUAUGCAGAUUUCCUUGGCUCAAAGCUAGAGAAACAGCAGAAGGAGGCCCGCGACAGAGCAUCAGCCAUUGAAGCAAAGCGAGAGAAGCAGAAAGAGAAGGAUGACAAAGAAGAAGAAGAUGCCACUGCUACAGCGAUAACAGCUACUCGCGCCAGCACUCGCCGGCAACCUAAUUCGGAGGAGCAGACGGCGCAGAUCAAUACCAAGAAAAAGACAGUUGCUGCUGCCAAAAAGCGUAAAACAGACGAUGCGCACUACGACAUUGCAGAUUAUAUCGAUAGAGAUACUCUAAAGAAGCAAAAGCAAGCGAACAAGGUGGAACCGGCUGUAGAGCCGGCUGUGAAGCCCGCUACUACCGCUGUGUCUACUACAGUUGCUUCAGGAGCUAAAUCCAAUAAACCUGCUAUAUCUCCCCGCCAGCCCAAGCUAGUCACAGGGGGUAUUCUCCGCGAUUAUCAAUUGGAAGGGGUGGAAUGGAUGGUCAGUCUUUAUGAGAAUGGCCUAAAUGGCAUCCUGGCUGACGAGAUGGGUCUUGGAAAGACAUUACAGACGAUUUCCUUUCUGGCAUAUCUUCGCGAGAAAGGAGUCUGGGGCCCCUUUCUUGUCGUUGCUCCUCUCUCUACCCUUGCUAACUGGGUUAUUGAAUUUGAGAGAUUUGUCCCUGGAAUUCCUGUGGAACUGUAUCACGGAACUCCAGAGGAACGAGAGCACAAGAGGAACCAUAAACUUAAGAAGCUGGACUCUUCAUUCCCCAUCAUCGUUACCUCAUAUGAGAUUGUUAUCAGAGAUCGCAAAUACCUUUCUAAAUACCAAUGGAAGUACAUCAUUGUCGAUGAAGGUCAUCGGCUGAAGAACAUGGACUGCAAACUCAUUCGAGAACUCAAGAGCUAUCACUCCGCAAAUCGCAUGCUCCUGACAGGCACACCAUUACAGAACAAUUUAUCCGAAUUAUGGAGUUUACUCAACUUUUUGCUACCAGAAAUCUUCGAUGAUCGCGAAGGGUUUCAAGAGUGGUUUGAUUUUUCGGACAUCAAUGCCAAGGAAGGCCAGGAGCGUAUUCUAGGCGAAGAAUCGCAGAGCGGAAUUGUAACAAGCUUACAUCACAUCCUGAAACCAUUCUUACUACGCCGUGUGAAGACUGAUGUUGAACACUCAUUGCCAAAGAAGAAGGAGUACUUGCUGUAUGCUCCUCUAACGCCAAUUCAGAAAGAGUGGUACGAUGCAGCUCUCAGCCGUGAUAUCCGCAACUUCUUGAUUCAUAAGAAGGCUGGACUAGACACCCCAAAGAAGGAAAUGGGAGUGGAGAAGAGCAAGAAAGAGGAGGGAGAAGAAGAGAUUGUGAAAGAAGACGUCGAGAAUACGGAAGAGGUUACUGUUGAACAACUUGAUGCGAUUAUCGAUGCUGAAGAGGAACAAAAAGAGAAAGAAGAGCUGAAAGAUAAAAAAUUGGACGGCUCUAAUCGGAGAACACGUGGAGGCGUCAAGUCGUACAAGGAGGAAUCAGACGCCAAGUUCUUUAAAGAUCUGGAGCAAGGAAAGGCGGUUGAAAAGAAAGACGAAGAGGAACAAUUGACAGCACUUCAAGUUGAUUUGCGUAAGGCAAGCAAGUCUGUCAGCAACAUGAAGCUGAUGAACAUUGUGAUGCAACUUCGUAAAGUGUGCAAUCACCCCUUUUUAUUUGACUGGCCCUUAGAUCCCAAAACGAAUAUGCCUGUGCUCUCGGAGGACUUGUUGAAUGCUUCUGGAAAGAUGCUGGUACUGAGCCGACUACUUGAGGCUCUGUUCAAGCGGGAGCAUAAGGUUUUGAUCUUUUCCCAGUUCACAACUAUGCUGGACAUUAUCCAGGACUGGGCUGAGAUCUACAAGGGUUGGGUGUGCUGCCGCAUUGACGGUGCAGUGCCACAGGAAGAUCGGCGAAAACAAAUUGCAGAGUUCAAUAGGAACAAAAACCUCAAACUAUUUUUGCUGUCGACUCGUGCAGGAGGUCUGGGUAUUAACUUAACAUCCGCGGAUACUGUCAUUAUCUUUGAUAGUGACUGGAAUCCUCAAAUGGACUUGCAGGCGCAGGAUCGCGUGCAUCGUAUUGGUCAGACAAAACCCGUAAUGAUUUAUCGUUUGGUGACCGCCAACACAAUCGAAGGCAAGAUCAUUGAGCGGGCCAGCAGCAAACGCAAACUGGAGAAGCUAGUAAUCCAUAAAGGCAAGUUCAAGAAGCCACCCUCGGCUGGUACGAGCGCAGCAACUGAUCGUGCAGCCACACUGUCGGACCUGGCAGAAAUGCUUGCUCAAGAUGAUGGAGAAAAGAUUCAACUUGCAACCAAGGACGAUGUGGUUAUAUCGGACAAGCACUUGGAGAUGCUAUUGGAUCGCAGCGAUGCUGCAUACGAGUCUAUUGGAGUGGCUACGGCCGAGGGAGAUGAGGAUGGGGGAGCAUCGAUCUUUAAGGCUGUGGAUGAAGUUCGGGACGACCAGAACGAUAUCCUUAAGGUAGACAAGAUGGCAUCCGCUGUGUAAGCAAAUGUUAUUUUUCAUAUGGUCAAUAUUAACACCUAAAGAAACAAAAUAAAUAUAUAUCCUGC